AGCAAUCGUAGAAAUGCCGAUUUACAAAAAAACCUGCAACAAAUCAAGCAAUUACAAAAUACUGGACAACCACGUGGAUUACGGCACACGACAGAUCGAUCACAUACCUUUGGCCUACUGUGAUCGAGCUAGCCCGUAUGGAGCGAGUGUUGAGUUUGGUGAACGGACCAGGCGAGCGUGCGAAAAUGUUGCGUCUUUUUAUCUGUGUGCAUGUAAAGCAAUCUUCAUCGGCGAUGUCUCGGCUGGAAAGAGUUCGCUGGUGAAUAGAUUCUGUCACGAGAUUUUUGAUUCUGAUUAUCGCAGCACAAUCGGACUAGAACUCGAGUCGGAGAAAUUUCAUGUCUUGAACCAAUCGUUUAGUUUGCAAAUUUGGGACACAUCCGGUCAUGAAAGAUUAAAAUGUAUCACCGAAAGCUAUUAUCAAAACGCGAAUGUUGUGGUGGUGGUGUUUGACAUGACCAAUGAACAAUCACUAAGGAAUGCUCGGCGGUGGUUGGAUGAAGUUCUGGAGAUGAACCAACCUGGAGUGUUGAAAUUCUUAGUAGGUUCAAAAAUGGAUUUGCUGGAUAAGCCAUCUCUGGUUCAAAUUGAAAGUGAGGCUUCGGACCUGGCCAAUGAACUAAAGGCGGAAUAUUGGUCUGUUUCUGCUCAAACGGGACAAAAUGUUACCAAAUUCUUCCAGCGAGUAACUGCACUAGCGUUCGAUGCAGCAGUGCAGCGGUUGAUGGAUCCCAACUAUCCGAUUGGCUAUCCGAGUGGGAAUAGUCUGCUAAACCUAUAUUACCUCAAAGAAGACCGGAAGCAUAAAAAAAGUCGAAAAUAUUCCUUCUGUAAAAUAAACUAAAGUUAUUGGUAUGCUAGAGC